GAAGACGUUUUCUGUGGAAGAAGCUGUUGAAACCAUCGGAUUUGGCCGCUUUCAUAUUAUGCUCUUUCUGAUCAUGGGCAGUACUGGGAUUGCAGAAGCCAUGGAGAUUAUGCUCCUGGCCGUCAUCUCCUCCUCCAUCCGCUGCGAGUGGCACCUUCAGAGCUGGCAGGUGGCCCUUGUCACCACGAUGGUAUUUUUCGGAUACAUGAUAUUCAGCAUCGUCCUCGGGCUCCUCGCGGACCGAUAUGGACGGCUAAAGAUACUGGUGAUCUCCUUCCUGUGGGGGGCGUACUUCUCCCUACUCACCUCCUUCGCCCCGUCGUACACCUGGUUUGUCUUCCUGAGAUGUAUGGUGGGCUGUGGAGUCUCUGGACAUGCACAGGGGCUCAUAAUUAAAACGGAAUUUUUGCCCAAGACAUUCCGCGGUUACAUGCUUCCCCUGUCACAGCUCUUUUGGCUUGCCGGCUCCUUACUAAUCAUUGGCGUGGGAUCGGUGGUCAACCCAACUUUAGGAUGGCGCUGGCUUGUUCGUUUUGCAUCCAUCCCUGGCAUCAUACUCAUCAUUGUAUUUAGAUUUGUCCCAGAGUCAGCGCGAUUUAAUGUCUCAGUUGGGAGGAAACAGGCCGCGAUGGAGACCUUGACCUGGAUUGCCAAAAUAAACCGGUCAAAGAUGCCAGAGGGAACCAUCGAUGAACCUGAAGUGGGAAAAACUGGGAGCUUCUGUGACCUUUUGGACCGGAAAUAUCGACGAACAUCUUUGCAGAUAUGGGUUAUCUGGCUUGGAAUUUCAUUUGCAUAUUAUGGUGUCAUUCUGGCCAGUUCGGAGCUCCUGGAGAGGAACCUUCUGUGUGGGUCGGGGAAGGUGGGUCUGGGUGCAGGAGAAGAGCCCUACGAGGGAACCCACAGUCCCUGUUUCUGCAGCAUGCUGAGCUCCUCCGAUUACCAAACCAUGAUCAUUAGCACUGUGGGGGAGAUUGCCUUAAAUCCUUUCAACAUCCUGGGUAUUAAUUUUCUUGGUCGACGCUGGACACUUGGCAUCACCAUGGCGACCACUGGCGUCUUCUUCUUGCUUCUCAACAUUUGCAUGUCAAGUACGGGCCUCAUUGGAAUUCUAUUCUGCCUUCGAGCUCUGGUAUCUGCAAACUUCAACACCAUCUACAUCUACACAGCAGAGGUUUAUCCAACUGUGAUGAGAGCAAUUGGAAUGGGCACAAGCGGGUCACUGUGCCGCAUAGGAGCCAUGGCAGCACCAUUCAUCGCCCAGGUUUUACUGAGUGCCUCCAUUAUAGGCGCCCUCUGCCUGUUUUCUGCCGUGUGCUUUAUCUGCGCAAUCUCAGCAUUCACUCUGCCCAUCGAGACCAAAGGACGAGCACUGCAGCAAGGUAAAUGA